AUGGCGACAGACAAUCCCUCAAAUUCCGGCGCCAGCGCCCCGGCUGCCUCUGCGCCCGGUAAUGGCAACCAGAACGGUCGUCAGCGUGGCGGAGGCCGCAACCAGAACAAGCGGCACCCGAAGCGCAAGCAAGAGCAGGGAAGGUCGUCUUGGAGUCGCGAGGCCACCGACAAGCGCGGACGCAACACCGAGUACCAAGAGUUCAAGCGCCGCAAGGUGAACGAGGACGGCGAGGCCGAGCAGACCGUCAACCCCUUCUCCGCCGAGGAGAUCGCCGCCGAGGCCCGCCGCCCGAAGCGCAAGGUCGCCGUCAUGGUCGGGUACUCCGGCACCGGCUACAAGGGCAUGCAGAUCAACAACGAGGAGAAGACGAUCGAGGGCGACCUGUUCAAGGCCUUCGUCGCCGCCGGCGCCAUCUCCAAGGCCAACGCCGACGACCACAAGAAGUCGAGCCUGGUGCGCUGCGCGCGAACCGAUAAGGGCGUGCACGCCGCGGGCAACGUCAUCAGCUUGAAGCUCAUCAUCGAGGACGAGGACGUAGUCGAGAAGAUCAACGCCGCGCUGCCCGAGCAGAUCCGCGUCUGGGGCAUCCAGCGCACCAACAACUCCUUCAGCUGCUACCAGACCUGCGACUCGAGGUGGUACGAGUACCUCAUGCCGACGUACUGCCUGCUCCCUCCCCACCCCGACAGCUUCCUGUGGAAGCAGCUCGUGGAGAAGGCCAAGGAGCACGGGCAUUACGAGGAGUUCCAGUCCAAGCUGGCGGAUGUUAUCAAGUACUGGGAGGAGGUCGACGAGAAGGACAUCAAGCCGAUCCUCGCGAAGCUCGAUCCCGAGACGAAGGCCAAGGUGCUCGAGAGGAUACACGCGGACGAGAAGCCCGAGGGCGACGACGUCAAGCCCGCCGAGAAGGCUGCCGAACCUGCCGCCCCUGAACCCGCCGCAGAGACCGCGCCCGCCGAAGACAAGGCGCCCGCCGAGGUCCCCGAGGGCAGCCUCAAGCCUAGAAACCGCGACCUGACCCCCGUCGACUUCGCCCUCCGCGACAUCAAGGCCGCCUACAUCAACGCCAAGCGCCGGUACCGCGUGACCCCGGAGCGGCUGAACCAGCUGCAGGCCGCGCUGAACGAGUACUGCGGCACCAUCAACUUCCACAACUACACCGUCCAGAAGACCUUCAAGGACCCCUCGGCGAAGCGGCACAUCAAGUCGUUCAAGGUCAACAUGAGCCCGAUCCAGAUCCGCGACACCGAGUGGGUGUCGCUCAAGGUGCACGGCCAGAGCUUCAUGAUGCACCAGAUCCGCAAGAUGGUCGGCAUGGCGUCGCUCGUCGUGCGCUGCGGCACGCCGCUCGAGCGCGUCCGCCAGAGCUACGGCCCCACGCGCAUCGCCAUCCCCAAGGCGCCUGGCCUGGGCCUGCUGCUGGAGCGCCCCGUCUUCGACGCGUACAACCGCCGCGCGCAGGACAACUUUGGCAAGGAGACGAUCGACUUCACAAAGUACGACGAUAAGCUGCAGGCGUUCAAGGACAAGCAGAUUUACCAGCGCAUCUUCGAGGUGGAGGAGCAGGAGAAUGUUUUCCACACUUUCUUCCAGCAGGUGGACAACUUCAAGUCCGACUACUUCCUCUGGCUCACGGCCGCCGGCAUUGACGCCGGGGCUAUCAUGACUGCCAAGGGAGAGGAGAAGCAGAAGACGCUGGAGGCGCAGAUGGGUGACGAGGAUGAGGACCCCGAGAACGGCGAGGGCUAA